UGACAGAGAAGUGAAGCCCUUAAACUGUCACGGCUGCAGCUCAGUUUGCGACACACCGACCAGGAAGUCUCCAGAGACAAUGCGCCCUCUUCUCGUCUUAUGGUUGCAGACUGCACGCGCACAAUGUGACUUGUUUCAAAAUGAGUAAGAGGAAAGGCAAAGUGAGAAGUGACGUGACAGCUGUCAUGAGCCGCAGAGUGACGGCUGAUGCGAAGCCCCAGAGACCUUCCUUCAGCAGAGCCACUCCCUCCAGCACCGGAGAUAUCGGCCUCAUCGAGAGCAUCACUCUGAAGAACUUCAUGUGUCACCAUUGGCUCGGCCCCUUCCAGUUUGGGCCCAACGUGAACUUCAUCAUCGGCAACAACGGGAGUGGAAAAAGUGCCAUCCUGACUGCUUUGAUGGUCGGCCUCGGGGGAAAAGCCACCGUCACCAACAGAGGAAUGUCUCUGAAGGACUUUGUGAAAACCAGUGAGAGCGCCGCAGAUAUCACCGUGAAGCUGAGAAACAGAGGACCGGAUGCUUUCAAAAGGGACGCCUACGGCGACUGCAUCUCCGUCGAGCACCGGAUCUCCAGUGACGGAUGCCGGACCUGCAGACUGAGGAGCAAAACCGGUCAACUCAUCUCAAACAAGAAGGAGGAGCUGACCGCCAUUUUGGACCACUUUAACAUCCAGUUGGAUAACCCCGUGUCCAUCCUCAACCAAGAAAUGAGUAAACAGUUCCUGCAUUCAAAGAAUGAAUCCGACAAGUACAAGUUCUUCAUGAAGGCAACUCUGCUGGAACAGAUGAAGAGAGAUUACAUCCACAUCAAGCACACGAAAACAAUCACGCGGCAGCAGGUGGAGAGUCAAGAUGAGUCGCUCAAGGACCUGAAGCGAGAGUUCCUCCAGAAGAAAGAGCGCUACGAACAGCUGCCGUCCUUCAGUGAGAUGGAGCUGGUUUUGGAGAAUCUGAAGAAGGGGAUGGCGUGGUGUUUGGUCGGAGAGAAGGAGCAGCUUGUGCAGCAGUUAAAGGACGACGUUGAAAAGGAAGAGAAUAAACAUCACAAACAUCAGGAGAACCUUCAGCUCUGUCAGACUCCAUCUUUAAAGAUACAGCUGUUCCUUUUCUUCUCUUUCACAAAGUCAAAGGUCACACAAGUAGAGAAGAAGCAUCAGUGCAUCAAGAGCAGGGUUGACAGCAUGAGGCAGGAACAGGAGUCGCUGUCUGAAGACAAUCUGAGGUUGAAGGAACAAGUGAAGGUCGUCAGCAAAGCUCACAAGGAACAGGAGCUUGUUUAUUUCCGAGCUCUGAACAAAUUCAAACAGUCGGAAAAGGAGCAAAACCAUCUUCAGGAGAGAAUUAAUAAGGCAAAAACAAGCCUAAGCCUGAACAAUGAUGGAGACACGGAAUAUACGCUACAGCAGAAGGAAAUAUCCCGUCUGAAGGAGCAGCUUGCAGAACUUGAGACAAAGUGCCCGAAGCUGAAUCAAGAGAUCAAGAACAAACAUCAGGCGCUCUCCAAAGGAAGGGAAGAGCGGGACAAGCUGAGAUUGGAGGAAAGAAACAUCCGGGUCGCGUACGAGUCCAAAGUGAGGAGGAAGGAUCAGAUCCUCGCCAGUCGAUCGAACAAACUGAAGCGGUUUGGAGAUCAGGUGCCCGACCUGCUGGGCUCCAUCGCUGAGGGGUACGCCACCGGGCGCUUUCUCAAGAGACCGGUUGGUCCCAUAGGGGCGUGCAUCAGUUUGAAGGAUCCCAUGCUGGCGGUGGCCGUGGAGUGCUGUCUGCGGAGCUUCAUGAAAGCUUUCUGCUGCGACAACUACAAGGACGAGGCGGCCCUCCAGGAGCUGAUGUGUCGCCACUAUCCGAAGGGCAACAGGCCGCAGAUCAUCGUCGGCCCUUUCUCUGAAAAAGUUUACAACAUUCAAGGACGGAAAGCGGAUCAUCCAGAAUAUCCGUCCGUGCUGGACAUAAUCGCGGCGCCGAGCCCGGUCAUCAUCAACUGCCUGAUUGACAUGAGGGGGAUAGAAUCCAUUCUCAUUAUCAAAGAAAAAGACAAAGCGAGGAGGGUCAUGCAGCAAGGUCGGCCUCCUAAAAACUGCCGUGAAGCCUUCACCGCUGAGGGAGAUCAGGUGUUCUCAAACCGUUAUUACACCUCCGACUUCAGCAUGCCCAAGUAUCUCGGCGGGGAUCUCGAGACCGAGAUAAGUAUGUUGGAGUCAGACCUGGAGAAUCACCAGGCUCAGCUGUCCAGGUUUCACCUCCACGGGACCUCUGUGACUGAGGACAUCGUGAGCAUGGAGAGCAAUCUGAACAACACCAUCAUGGCCCUGAAGAACACUCUGGUCUCUGUGAAUCAAGUCAAGGCAUCAAUAACUGAGCUGGAGACUGCUGGCGAGGAGCACAUCGAUGACAUCAGCUCCCUGGAAGAAGUCGCCCAAGAGAACCGACCCAAGGUGGAGGCCGAAAAGCAGUUUGUUCACGAGGCGAAGGCGGAUCUCGACAAGCACCGGCGCACAGCAGAGGACGUAGAGUCCAAGUACUCUGCGGUUAGAGAACAGAUUGAUCGGCUUUCUGAGGACAUGGAGGCGUUGAAGGAGGAGCAGCUGAAGCUGGAGGCUGAGUGUGCGAAACUUGAACGAACUCUUCAGAUUUUGGAAACCAACCUGAAGGCUCAUCAAGACAACGUCCGAGCGAUGAGCAUUGACCUCGCCGAGAGGGCAGAAGAGUUACAGGAAUACGUGGCCAAAGCCACCGAGAUCAGCCCCGAGCGGCAGCAGGUGACCGGCAGCACCAGGAGCAUCGACAUCGAAAUCACUCGGCUGAAGCAGAAAAUCAAGGUGCACGAGAGCGACCACGGCGAGCAGGAGCAGGUGGUCAGGGAGUACGCCGAGGCCCUCGCUCUCUACAGGGAGAAAACCAACCAAGUGAGAGAUCUGCGGAGGUUCAUCGAUCAACUCGAUAACAUCAUGUCGGACAGGCAGGACAGAUACAAAACAAUGCGUAGGUCACUCUCUGUCAGAUGCAAGUUAUACUUCAAUAACUUUCUGAUAAAGAUGAACUGCUGUGGCUCGAUGGUUUUCGAUCACAACAAUGAGACACUCUCAAUCUCGGUGAAGCCUCCGGGCCGAGAGGACGAUGGUGUGAGUGACAUGAGGUCGCUGUCUGGGGGGGAACGCUCCUUCUCCACCGUUUGCUUCAUGCUCUCUCUGUGGGAGAUCACCGAAUCGCCCUUCAGAUGCCUCGAUGAGUUCGACGUCUACAUGGAUAUGCACAAUCGCAGAAUCUCUCUGGAUCUCCUCCUGGAGCUGUCAGAGCGGCAGCACCUUCGACAGUUCAUCUUCAUCACUCCCCUCACCACCAGCAAUCUGCCCAAAACCAGCCUCAUCAAAAUCCACCAGCUUCAGGACCCUGAAAGAGUUUGUUACGAAACGAUGGAGGAAGAUGUUUGAACUGAGCUCCAGGGACAGAAAUAUAAAGAGUCACAGACACGAGGAUGAACGUUCACGUGCACAGUCGACACAUGUUUCAGUAUUGCUUCAGUAAUUGGUUUCUUUGCUGUGAUGAAUCCUUGAAUGCGUCGUGUCAUUCCUGUUCUGCAGCCUUCAAGAACGUUUGACGGGUUAUAGCACUUGUAUGCGCCAAAAAAAGGCAUAUUUUUAAUAUGCAUUAUUCUGUAUGUCUGUGAUGUAGUAGAUCUUCAUCUAUAAUUCAAGCUAUUUGACACAUUCUGAAGAAAAUAUGAUGGAGUGACAGAAGUUUUGCUGCAAAACAGCAAUGACCCUUUUAUGAAGUAUCUAGUAAUUGUGUUAUUACAAUAUGGUAAUGUGUUAUUGUUUAGAUAUUUAUAAUGCCACCAACUCUGAAGGACUCUGAAGGAUGUUCAUCAGAUGAAUUGUGGUGCGUCUGGGUGUAGAGAUCAAUACUACCUCUAGGGGAACGCUCGCAAGAUUCUCCCUCUUGAUAUUAUUUUUCUUAAUAUUUCUCAUCCAUCAUAACAUUUUGGGCAUCUCAAUAACAUAUACUUUUUUUUUUUUUUUUUUAUGUUACAUUUUUAAUGUUUUGAAAAUGUUUUAAUGAUAUUUUGGUGUAGUUUUACCUCCAGACGUCAGUGUUAAUGUUUAUAAUACGUUUGCUCCUCGAGCAGAUCAUAUUUGUGCUGUGUGACAUAAAACAUGUGCUCAUGAAACUGCCGUUUACCUGUAACCGCCGUGAAGAUCAUAGCCGGUUGUUACAAUAACAUUUUUGGAUUAUCUAAACCCCCUUUUUGUAUCCGUCAUACUUUUCAUCCACAUCCUCACACAUCCAACUCAACGCAGCCUCAGUCUGCAGCAGCGGGCGUGGUCCUCACUUCCCCAUAAAUUACACCUGCUCCACCGUAUCGUUUGAAAAAGCCCGGUGACGGUUUAUUCAUUUUGAUCACUACAGAAUUAAUUUUUGGGGUGCAACACAUGCCACAUGUAUAAAAGAAUACAGUCACUUGUAUUAUGAGGUUCCCAUAUUUGAUAUAAACAUUUAGGAGACAAAUAAAUCUGACAUAGUGACCGAACUGAAAUGUAUAAAUAAUAUAGACUUUAAUAAUGUGAGGGUGGUUUUCACUUAGAGACAGAACAGUGAAAAGCUUCUGCGACCUCCACUCCUUUAAGUGGACUACAAGCUGCUUGCACAGCCUAGAAAUGUUGGAAGUGAAACUGUUGAAAGAGAAUUUCUUCGAUAACUUGAACCCGCGCCGGUCGUCCGAUUUUUUUUAAUUUUUUUUUUUAUCCCACACAGAAACACUCUUUCAAAAGCUUCAUCGAGCGCCUGCAUGUUUUAUGAUUGUUGCAAACGGAAUAGAAGAUGAGAUCUUUCAAUAAAAAGUUUCUCCUUUUACAAAAAAGUUGUAUUAGUAGGAAUGCAGUGUGUCCAGUAAACAUAUAAGAGGCUUUUUUUUUUUUGUUCUCCCUUUUUCUAUUUCUCGCUGCAUUGGAAGUGGAGCCCCUCUCACUGGGUCCCCGGCCCAGAGAGAGAGAGAGAAAGGGCUCCUAGCAACAAGGUCAAAAGGUGAGACUGUGCUCAUUUUGCAGUGCUCUUCCUUUCUGUAAACAUGUUGAUAUGUACCGAGUUAAGUUGUUUUAGUCUAAAUCAAACAAGCAGCCUGAAAUAGAAGCCAAUUAUGGAUCUUUGUGGGGAAUAAUGCAUGGGUACUGUGCCUUAUGACUGUAAUUUUGGGCUUUUCCUCUAUGA